UCCUCCUCAGGCGGGUACGGAUCAUCGAAGAAUCCGUUUUCACCCGCUUCACAGCGCGGACUGGCAGACACAACGGACACCGACCAUGGUGCUAUCCAGCAGUCCACAACUGGCACAGAUAUCCGCGGCGAGAUAGGCGAUGCAAAACAAGGCGUCGAUGUAUCCAGCAGGAGAGCAGCACGAGCAGACGAGCAGCGGAUGGGUGUCGGCCGUGGCAGAAGCCAAUCACUGAAUCCAUACAACGAAAGUUCCUGGGAGACGGAAGAAGAGGCAAGAGAAGCUUUGGGAAGUCGUUUUUCGCAAUGA